AUGUUCGGAAAGCUGGAGAAGUAUUUCGCAGUAUUAUUCUCACUUGUGUUACGAGCUCUAGGUGACGACAGACGGGAAGGUUUGCAGAACCAAACAAUGUUUGGCGGAGAUAUGGCUGGCGGGCUAAAUGUCCCUCAAAUCACUGACGGCGAUGAUGGACCUGUCAUGGCUUUCUUACCUAGUUCAGAUUAUAUUCUGUGGCCCGGGGGCAUAAUGUACUACGAGUACGACGCAAGUGCCACCAGGAAUGAUGAAGUCUUGUCUGCCGCGAUCCAGGAGAUUCAUGCCAAGACGUGCCUCAGGAUUUAUCCGAGGAAUGGAAAAACAAGCAUCACCAGCUACGUCAUCAUCACAACGACUAGUGAUGGGUGCUGGUCCUACGUGGGCAUGAAAGUCAGUGGAUCCCAAGAGCUGAACCUGUCCGUUGCAGGGUGUUGGUACACAGGAACAGUCAUUCACGAGUUUCUGCAUGCCUUCGGGUUCCAGCACGAACACCAGCGUUAUGACAGAGACUCAACCAUCACUGUCCAAGAGAACAAUGUUGAAGCAAGUAAGUAG